AUGGCAGAAAACGAGGUUCACAAUCGACGCCCGAACAUUAUCCUGGCCGUACUGGUGGCCAUGUUUGGGUCCACUUCUUGGCUUGGCCCUGAUGCUUUUUGGGUUGAGCAAGGCAUUCACACGCAAAAACUGCCCGAAGGAUGGAGCCUUGGAGCCACAUUGACGAUCAUUAUUCAGGUAAAUAUAUUUCUUUAUAAAAAUAAAAAAAAAACUUGUUUUCCAAAUCCUGAUACUAGCUUUUGACCAUUUUUUCAGGUCUCCGCGCUUGUUGCGCUAGUCUACACAAUCCUAGAAUCUUACAAUGUGAAGAUGAAGAAAGCUCCGCUGAUUAUUUUGGCGUUACUUGUCAACCUCUGUGCGUUUAUUCCCAUGGGCUUCUUUAACGAAGUUAGCAUCGAAGUGGCUGGCAAGCAACGAUCUAUCGUUUUGUAUGUAGCCAUGUUCUUCAUUGGAGCUGUGGCUAUCUUGUCGGACGUUCUGUUCCUUCCCUAUAUGAAGAAUCUUCCGGAAGUUUAUUUCCAAGCCUACUUCUUCGGAAUCGGCCUGAGCUCGUUCGUCCCCAGCAUUUUGAGCAUCAUACAAGGCAAGAGAACUUAUUAAAAAAAUCGAAAGCAACGUUCAGGCGCCGCCACAUACGAUUGUGUACCAUCCGCCAAGAACUCCAGCGUUUUGGAGCCAAAGUUUGAAAAUCUCCGGUUUAGCGUUGAGAUUUUUUACACGAUCGUCUUUAUCUGGUGUUGUCUGGGAGCAUUUUCAUUUAUUUUGAUUCAUUUUUGCCGCAGCUUCAUUGACAACCUCUGGUAUGGAGGGCAGACGCUUCCACGCUCGUCUACGGAUGAGAAAAUCAUCGUAAUCACGAAGCCACUGGCGCAAAGAAAAAGUAUUUGGAAUGGCACUUCUGACUACAUGUUGUUGGCGUUGAUUACUCUCAUUUCGGGACAAAACAACGUGCUGUUGCCGAGUAUUCAAAGCUUUGUUGUGCUACCGUAUUCGCAGGUAUGUAGGCCGAGGGAAUUUUUUAAGAUUAAAGGUGUCAAUGGUUUCGCGGUGAGACCCAAUCCGGCCGUUUCUUAUGAUUGGGAAAGAAGAUUCCGGUUUUCGAAAAAUCCCGUUUUUUUUGUAUUUGCUAAAAUGUUUUGCCCGCUUUUUCAAGGUAAGGGUGACAUUUUAUACGAUUAAUAUUUUUUACAAUUUUUUCAAAGUAGGAGGUGACAUGUUAUACGAAAAAAAAUCAUCGUAUAAGAUGUCACCUUUUGUUUCGAAAAUUAUAAAAAAACAGUUUCGUCGUAUAAGAUGUCACUUCUCAUUUUCUAAAAAAAAAAUAAAUUUUUUGUCAUUUUGAAAAUUCAAAGAGCGGCAGUCUUCGAAAAAACGGGCUCCUCGGAUUUCUCCAUACUUCUUAGCCAUUAAAAUCUUCGUAUGAUUUAUUCAGACCACAUAUUUCUGGUCCUUGGCCUUGGGCUCAAUUGCGCAGCCAAUCGCGGCAUUUAUCGCACAUCUCGCUCCGGCCAAGAAAACGCAAACAAUGGCCAUGCAUAGUGUUAUUACAAUCACUGCAUCUGCAAUAUGUGUUGUGUUGGCGUUGAAAAGUCCCACGCCAUGGCUGGUUGGGACCACCAUUGGGAGUAUCCUGGUUGUAAGUCGUUACAGGAUGUUUGCUUACCUUCAAUUACGUUUACACAUAUUUAUUGUGAUGUUUAGAUAAUGCUAACAACCUCUGUGUACUUCUUUGGCACCUAUUCCCGUUGUGUAAUAUUUGAAGCAAUCCGUGAUCGAUCUCCCUCCGACGACGUGAAGCAUCGUCGGUUAUUGUACGUCGGGUUCACGAGUCAGGUUGGAUGUGCCUUGGGAACACUGUUCGUAUUUCCAACCGUUAAUAUUUUUGAGUUGUUCGAAAGUGUUCCACCAUGUUGA